AUGAAUACUGUUUGUUGUUCUCUACACAGGCUACAGUGCUGUAAUCUCACUUCUCAGUGUUGUGAGAGUUUGUCUGCAGCUCUACAAUUCUCAAUCUGUUUCCUGAGAGAGCUGGACCUGAGUAACAAUGACCUGCAGGAUUCAGGAGUGAAGCUUCUUUCUGAUGGACUGAAGAGUCCAAACUGUCAUCUAGAGAUACUGAGAUUAUCUGGCUGUAUGGUGACAGAGGAAGGCUGUAGUUAUGUGUCUUCAGCUCUGAGUUCAAACCCCUCUCACCUGAGAGAGCUGGAUCUGAGCUACAAUCACCCAGGAGAUUCAGGAGUCAAGCUGCUCACUGAUACCCUCAACCAUCCAAACUGCACACUUGAUAAACUCAAUGUGGAUCAUGGAGGAGAGAUCAGGAUUACAGCAGGACUUCGAAAAUAUUCCCAUCAGCUCACUGUGGAUCCAAACACAGCACAUAAACACCUCCGUCUGUCUGAGAAGAACAGAGUGAUUACUGGCACUGACACAGAGCUUCAAUUGUAUCCUGAUCAUCCAGACAGAUUUGAUGAGUGGUAUCAGGUGUUGUGUAGAGAGAGUGUCUGUGGACGCUGUUACUGGGAGAUUGAGUGGAGUGGAUGUGUGGACAUAUCAGUGUCAUAUAAGAGCAUCAGCAGGAAGGGAGGUGGUAAUGAGUGUUGGUUUGGACGUAAUGAUCAAUCCUGGAGUUUGUUCUGCUCUCCCUCCAGUUACUCAUUCAUACACAAUAACAUACAGACUAAACUCCCUGUAAAGUCCAUCAGCAGUAGAAUAGGAGUGUAUGUGGAUCACAGUGCAGGAACUCUGUCCUUCUACAGCGUCUCUGGAGACACAAUGAGCCUCAUCCACACAGUCCAGACCACAUUCACUCAACCGCUCUAUCCUGGGUUUUAUGUUUGGUCUGGAUCAUCAGUGAAACUGUGUUGAUGAAUCAGAAUAGACUGUAGAGUGAUUCUACCCAUAAUACUUUGAGCUGCAUGAUAAAUCAGUAACAGUGAGAUGUUAUAGAGUCUCAUAUAGAGAGCCGUCUUCUCAACUUCUUAAUACUAGGGGUGUAAUGGUAAACAGAAUUCAUGGUUUGGUACGUAUCUCGGUUUUGGGGUCACAGUUCGAUACGAGUUCGGUACAGGAAAAAGCAACAAAUCCCCAAUGCUAGGUUUCUUUUCAUUUAUUUUAAACAGACAGUAGUGCAAAUUACAAUUUGCUCCACUUAGCAGCAUUUAGUCCACCCUGAGGUAGUUGGUAGAGUACAGCCUUCUUAACAUAGCAUAUUAAGCACUAAGCAGUAAACAAAAUUCACUCUUGCAAAAGAGUAUUUGGUUUUAGUAUUUGGUAUUAGAGUUCAUUAGCAUGCCGUGACUAUGGCAGAUGCACAAGUUCAAUAUUACCCUUUUUCAAGAAAUGGAAGGAGAAAAAGGGCCUACUUCACCUUUACACGAGGAGACAGCUAAUGAAGCGGCACUUGGGGCCAGAGGUGGGUAGUAAUGAAGUACAUUUACUUUGUUACAUUUACUAAUUUUUGGAAAAUUUGUAACUGCCUCAGAUGUGCAAGCGAUACAAGUGUAAUAAUAAGCAGUUCAUUCAUAAAAUUGAAUUGAAAAAAUUGAAUAUAAGGUGUAAUUUGCAUUUGUACAAAAGUAAAUCCUCUUUUGGCAUUAAAAAAAACUACUGUCUGGAUUUACUAAAGACACGCAGUGCAAAAUUAGUGCUGAAAAGUCUUGGACAGGGUUGUUUUUGCGGGUGACCUUAUUGCAUAUGCAUUUGUAAGAGUUUCCAUUUCAGAUUAGUAUGUACGAGAUGUUUCUGUGUUUCUAGUAAACUGGUUAUUGCAUCUUGUAUCUAGAAACACAGUGCCAUCUAGUGGCUUUCUUGAGUAACAGGCACAAUCAAUGGAUAUCAUUACAAGUCCAACCUAAAACUACACCAAAACCUAUUUGCUUUAUGCCUCUACACUUCAUAAACAUGAGUCACAAAAGGUCCUCCACCAAUUUCCACCAACAACACAACAAUAAAAACAAUACAUACUAGAUUGCAAUAAAAAUAUAGCAAUGUAGCAGUCAAGCAGUGUACUCGCAACUGAUUAAAAUAGUUGAAGGCAGCGGGAGAACUGUAUCUUUCCACUCAUGCAGACACUUGCAUGUGAGGUCCUUCUCAAAUGCCAGCUGAAUGAGCUGGGCCUUAUGUGUGUGGCGCAAAGAACUUCUGUGAAUACAUUCCUCAAAACUGAAAAUAAUUUUUCACACAUUGCGGUUAAUCCGGUCUUCAAAGCUGUCAGUACACUUAGAAUUGCUACUAAUUUUUUGUGGUACUUUGAAAGGAGAUUCUGUGUUGUCAAUUUCACGUUGUCUUCUUUUUUUAUUAGUGUAGAAAUAAACUGUUUAGCAACAAUACAUGCUGUCUCAACAAUGGUUGAUUUUGUUAAUGACAUGAUGUGCUGAAGUAACUUCGGAUUCAAAAAUGUAAUCACUCUCUGGGUUCAAAGCAAUCAGCGACUGUGCAAGCUGUGUGUUGC